UGGCAAUCACCUUUUGUACACUUGUCCUGUCUUUCUCAAUCUAACGGUAAAAGAAAGGUCUAAAAUCGUUGAUGAAAAACAAAUCUGUCGUAAUUGUUUACGUUCAGGUCAUUCGCUAAAUGAUUGUUUGUUUGGCCCUUGUAAACAAUGUCAAUUAAAACAUAAUACUUUAUUGCAUUUUGAUAGGUCAAAUAAUACUGGCGCUGGCCAACCCUCCGCGGUAUAUAACGAGUCAGCUGAUGAUAGGGCUGGGCCAUCGCACACUACCACUGCAUUACAUUCUUGGUCGGGUUCGAAUACCGGGGUAACGAAUUCCCAUUCGGUUUUACUAUCUACAGCGUUGGUAGAAGUAGCUGACAAAGAUAAUAAUUUUCAUACGUUCCGCGCUCUGCUUGACAAUGGCAGUCAACAUUGCUUUGUCACAGAACGUUUGAGUAAACGAUUACGCGUUCCUUUAAUACAGUCCACUGUACACGUAUCAGGGGUGGGACAAGCAGUCACGCAGUCGAAUUCUGUGUGUAAAAUAAAUAUGCGUUCUAGAACUAGUGAUUACGAUACUAGUAUGUCAUGCAUUGUUCUGCCAUGCAUUACUCCUCGUUUGCCGUCGCAUCAUAUUGAUAUCGAUAUGUCUUGCAUUCCUGAAAAUAUUUCGUUAGCAGAUCCCAACUUUUAUACGCCGUCGGACAUCGAUUUGUUGAUUGGUGCAGAUAAAUUCUGGGAAUUAUUACACGAAAAUAAAAUUCGUUUGCCCAAUGGACCUUACCUGCAAAAUACAAAGUUAGGAUGGUUAAUAUCAGGGCCUAUUCAGUCGAAUUCAUUAAUUCAAGGCAACAUUCAGUGCAAUUUUGUACAAGGUCUAGAUGCUGAAAUGCGUAAGUUUUGGGAAGUUGAAGACAUCCCACGCGUGGACAAAUUGCUCACAGAUGAUGAAAAGUAUUGUGAAAAAAUAUUCAUGGAUACUACAAAGCGGGAAGACGACGGUAGAUUCGCCGUGCGUAUUCCUCUGAAAGAAUCGCCCGAAUUACUCGGCGACUCUUACAAUAUGGCGGAAAAAAGAUUCAUGUCGCUCGAACGUAAGUUAAAUCGUUUACCAUCAUACAAACAAUUAUACGUUGAAUUUAUGCGUGAAUAUAAACAAAUGAAUCACAUGACUGAAGUGAAUACUUACGGUAGUUCGAAUUAUUUUCUUCCACACCACGGCGUGUUCCGCGAGAGUAGCAGCACCACGAAGUUGAGGGUCGUGUUCGACGCAAGCGCAGCUGCCUCUUCAGGCAAGUCGCUGAAUGAUAUUCAGCAGAUCGGACCGAAACUUCAAAAUGACAUAUUCUCGAUUUUAUUACGUUUUAGACAGCACAGAUACGUCGGCUGUGCUGAUGUCGAAAAGAUGUUUCGACAGAUUUUAAUUCAAUCAGAUAUGCGUGAUUUACAGCUAAUUCUUUGGAGAGAGAAGACGUCCGAUCCGCUGAAAAUCUUUCAACUGAACACGGUCACCUACGGAACCGCGUCCGCACCAUACUUGAGUAUGCGGUGUUUAAAACAACUUGCUCAGGAUUGUAACGACGACGUCAUCGCUGACGUUAUAAAUAACGAUUUCUUUGUAGAUGAUUUGAUAACUGGGCACGACGAUCGAGAUGUUUUGUUAGAUAUUUGCAGAAAAACAUCAGAAAUCCUAAAAUCAGGGUGUUUUCCAUUGCGUAAAUGGACUUUUAGCUUCGACGUGUGCGAUACGAUAUCUAAGGAGUUGUCGGUUGGUGAGCUAACUCAAAACAAAACCCUCGGUCUAGGUUGGUUAAACGAUACGGAUAAUUUAUACUUCACUUCAAGUCUGCAGCCUAAUGACGUAUCACAGUUAACAAAACGUCAUAUGCUUUCGAUCAUUUCACAGAUAUAUGACCCGUUAGGUUUGCUUUCGCCGGCCGUCAUUAUAUCUAAAGUACUAAUACAGCGGCUCUGGUUAUGUAAGAUCGGGUGGGAUGAGCCUGUCCCGCGCGACGUCAUUGGCACAUGGAAUCAAUUUAUUGAUUCUCUUUCGACUUUAAAUACGUUAAGAAUUCCACGCUUCGUACGAAGCGGUAACAACCCAUAUACCGAGCUUCACAUAUUUACGGACGCUUCGCAGACCGCUUAUGGGGCCUGCGCAUAUAUACGGACAUAUAACGAUGACAGCGACAUUGUUGUAAAGUUGUUAUGUGCAAAAAGUAAGGUCGCGCCAUUAAAAACAUUGAGUAUUCCCCGUCUAGAACUUUGCGGCGCUUUGAUAGGUACAUUGAACAAGCUGACCGCUCUCCUCACUUUCAUCGCUCUAGCUCCGAGGGCCCCGCUAGAUAUAAAUACAUCGAAAUUGUAUAAGAAAAUAAUCGAUUCACUGCGUUUAUCUUUCGAUCAUGUCUUCUUCUGGACGGACUCCACUAUAGUGAUGGGCUGGCUACGAAUGUCGCCGCAUUUAUUAAAAACGUUCGUUCAAAAUCGCGUCACGGAGAUAAACGAAUUGACAGGAGAUAUGCAGUGGUUACAUGUAAGUAGUGGUGACAACCCUGCAGACCUAGUAUCUAGGGGUCUUAAUCUAGACAUGCUUAGCCGCUCUUCACUCUGGUGGAGUGGCCCUUCCUUUUUAUACGAUCGCGAAACAAAUUGGCGAAAUAAUAAUAUUCCGUCUGAAAAUAAUUUACCCGAAGUUAGGGGCAACCCUAUCAUUGCCACAACUACUAGUAUACAGUUUCCGAACGUUAUUGAUUUUGAGAAAUAUUCGUCAUAUAUAAAAUUAAAACGCGUAUUUGCAUAUGUUUUGCGCUUCAUAAAUAACUCGCGUAAACAACAAUCGAUCAAUGAAUCAUUCAGCCAAUCGAGCGUUACUGGCAAUCGAUCAAAUCGUGUAAUCGAUUUAAGCGCACAGGAACUACUCUCGUCCGAGCAGAAGCUCGCCCGUCUCGCUCAGUUGCAAUCAUUCCCUGACAUUUUUUGUUGUUUACGCAAUAAAUUACCUUUAAAAUCAGUUAAAAACAAGAAACUAUACAACAAAAUUGUUGGAUUAAAUGUUUUUCUAGACGAUAAUGAGUAAACAUCGUUUCGCUGUGUUAUUAUGUGAAUACGAACACAAGCAGUUACUACAUGCGGCUACGCAGUUACUAGUAGCCAACUUACGAGAUAAUUGGUGGAUUUUAGGAGUUCGGAACCUAUCAAAAAAGACUCCAACGACCUGCAACCCCUCACACCAGGGCACUUCCUCAUCGGGCGUUCUCUCACAGCGCCGGUGCACGACGAUCUCACCUCCAGGCAGGCCAACCGGCUCCCUCGCUACGACCGCAUAGAACAGAUGAGACAACAUUUUUGGCGCCGCUGGUCUACAGAAUAUAUUUCGGAGCUGCAGUUGAGGACAAAGUGGAAGACUAAGGCCGACGACUUACAGCUUAAUACGCUUGUUUUAAUCAAAGAGGACAAUUGGCCACCUUUGAAAUGGCGUAUGGGAAGAAUUACACGUCUAUAUCCCGGUAAAGAUGGGGUGUCACGCGUUGCUGAUAUUCGUACGGCGUCAGGCGUCAUUCAACGUGCGUUCUCCAAGAUCUGCCCAUUACGACUGGAGCCAUCUCCAUCAAGCAGCGUUAACGUUUUGGAAGAUGGACCUUCCAAGGCUGGGGGCAUGUCGUGAAGUGACAGCGCCAUCUAGUGCGUCAGCGACGAACCGCGGCAUUCACUGCAUUCACUCGUUCAGAAACAACUCCAUCUUGGGACAACUCUCGUUCAAAAACACUCGCCAUCGCCAUCUUGGACGCUAUUAGCUAUUAUACUUACCACCUGAAAACGUUGUAACUAUUAUGUUAAAAUAAAUAAAUACGUUGUAAAAAUAUAUAUUGAAAUUAAACGAUUAUUAAACA